CAUCUCCAGGUGUAAUUUAGGAAGAUUCCUCCCAAGAUUCUAAAUUCCCCAGCUAAUUAACUCCUCAGUGUUAAUUAACUAAUUAACUCCUCAGUGUUCAAUUAACUAAUUAAUUCCGCAGUGUUCAAAGGUGGAUCAGUUUUCUGAUUUGCCCCAGAAGCAGGUCCAUGCAUCAUGCAUGGUGACCCUUCAAUUUCUUCCCCCUUUCUCUAAAAUAAGGCUAAAAUCCAUCCUGCCUCUGACAAAAAUCUUAAAAGGAGAUUUGAAAGACAAAGUCCAGGCAGAGCUUUAGAAAGGACAGUGAAAACACCGCACUUAUUUAAAAUAUUUAAUUACCGAAAUUGCUGACUUCUAUAAACUGGAAAGAGAACUGUUCACACAUCACUGGGAAAAGGAUAGUAACAUAGACCUAAGCAGAAGAUGGUUAUGCUAAUAAAAAUGACAGACGUGGAAGGAAAUCAGACAUCGGUUACUGAUUUUGUCCUGGUUGGGUUUACAACAGACCCAUUUCUACGCAUAAUCUUCUUUGUGCUGUUCUUGGCCUCCUACACACUAACAUUGAUUGGGAACCUGGGCCUCAUGACCCUGAUCUAUCUCGAUUCCCGCUUGCACACACCCAUGUACUUCUUUGUGGGCAGUCUUUCCUUCCUGGAUAUCUGGUACUCCUCGGUCUACACUCCUCGGAUCUUGUUUGACUGUGUGUCCAAGAACAAUCACAUGUUCCUUGCUGGUUGCACAGCUCAGUUCUUCUUCUCUGCUGGCUUGGCCUAUAGUGAAUGCUUCUUACUGGCCUUCAUGGCCUAUGAUCGUUUUGUGGCCAUCUGCAACCCACUCCUUUAUGCUACUGCCAUGCCCAAGAAGCUCUGUGUCCAGUUGGUGGUAGGUUCCUAUGUAGCUGGUUUUGCCAAUGCCAUUGCCCACACUGCUAACACCUUCCGGCUACGCUUCUGUGGGAAAAAUAUCAUCAACCACUACUUUUGUGAUGUAGUACCUCUUGUGAAGAUGGCCUGUGAUGACACACAGGUAUAUGAACUCAUUCUGACUGCUCUUAUUGGUAGUAAUAUGUUAGCAACCACAGUUGUGAUCCUGAGCUCCUAUAUUGGUAUUGGGGCAGCCAUAGUCCGCAUCCGCUCAGCUGCAGGGAGACGCAAAGCCUUCUUCACUUGCUCUGCUCACAUGGUUUCAGUCACCCUCUUCUAUGGUUCCAUUCUAAUUAUGUAUUGCAGACCCCACUCUCAACACACUCCAAAUUCAGACAAGGCAAAUGCAUUGUUCUAUACGGUAGUCAACCCUCUAGUCAACCCUUUAAUUUAUAGCUUACGCAACAAAGAUGUGAAGGCAGCCUUCAAAAAAAUCUGGGGGAGAUUCACAGCAUCUAUAUGAAUGUCAUUGAUACUGUAUUACUUCAAAUUAAGCCCCCAUCUACACUGUUUUCCUUCCUUCCCUCCCUUCCUUCCCUCCCUUCCUUCUCUCCCUCCUUCCCUCCCUCCCUUCCUUCAUAAAAGAUGGUGAAGCAAGACAGCAGACCAGAGAGAUUAUUGCAAGGAUUAACCACCAUCUUCAAUCCUCAAAAAUUUUCCACACUUAUUUGUCAUUGUGAGCAACUGUUUCCAGUAUACACACCUUCCCAUUUCUCUUCCUAUUUUACAACAUCCUACACAGAGACAGGAACCGAAUGAAACAGACCCAGCAUGAUCAGAAUGAAAUCAUUGGACAAUGAGAAGCUGAAGAAAAAGUUUGACUUUGAGGUAAGAAUUGGCAAACUGAAGACAGCUCUGCUGCAACAGAUUGAAGUGCUGAUGAAUAGACUGGCUCUUUGUAAUUUCUUUCUGGACAAGGAAAAAAGUUCAAAUCACCUACAAAUGCUCUGCUAUACAGUAUACAGUUGUUCCUUGCAAGGAGCCAGCAUUCUGGAAAGUUUAGUGUUCUGGGAGAUAAUACUAUAGCAUGUUGCUCAAACCAUGCUUGGCACCUUUAAAAGAAUGCCCAGGUUCACAUAUAUCCUUCUCUAAUCACUUUCAGAAAUUGAUUGUUAAUUGCUUUUUAGCCAUUAGGGAUCUAUGGCUCUACAAGU